AUGUUCUCAACCAGGGAGGAUGCUUUAUCUUCCAAUGAGCUGAGGGACAGGCUCUUUAAAAGAUUUAAAGAGAAGAGAGUGCAGGGAAUGCUUCAAGCCCAACUACGUACUCAACUUAUCAGGGAGUUAAAACCUCUACCAUUCACUAUUGAACCGGCUCCCAGGCCGGACCCCGUGAAAUCACGCUCUAUUUUGGUGCCAGCUUGUAACAUUAUUGUUGCUAAUCAUCUUCACUGCUCAGGGUAUGACUACACAUUUUCUGUGUUCUGUCCUGAAAGUAACCUGUGCACAGGGAAGAUUUUUGGGAAAGAAGACAUUCUUCAGCUUCUUGAAAUUAGUCCAUACUCGCCACUUUCCAGAUCUCUACUUUUCGAUGAAGAAAGCAAUAAUCAAGGGUUUUUAAUCAAGCUUCUAACAUAUGUGACCCGACGUCACGCAUCACAUCUUUACCAUGAUGCUUCAACUCAGACAGCCAGCAUCGUAAAUGGUGGUGAGUCUCUUGCUCAGAAGAUAAAAAUGAUGGAAAAUGAAUAUAAUGAUGGCAGUGAAGAUGAAAAGGUUUUAUCACAGUCAAAACUGGAGACAUAUAGAAGGGACAUUGAAACGCAGGCGCAGAUGGACGUCAAUGUAAAAAUGCAGUUUUUCGAAGAUGUUGAAAUUGCCAAGCAGAGGAUGGAAAUAAAGGUGCAGUUUCAAAAGGAAUUUGAUAAAGUGAGACAAGAACUGGAGAUGACCUCUGGAAUUAAGGCAAAGGCUUUAAAUGCCAAGGAAAAUAACAUGAUAGAUCGAUUAAAAAAAGAACAAGAGACUAAGGAAAACAAUGUCUUGGUCCAGAGACAAGAAUUGCUGACGGAAAUGGAAACACUGUUACACCAAGAAAAUGAGCUGAGGAAGCAAAUGGAGGCAUUUAAAGAGAUUUGUAAAAUACAUGAAGAGAAGGUCAACACCACCAAGGAAUUGUUGAGGAGGAGAGAGCUGGUGAUCAAAACAACGGAAGACACACAUGACCACAGGGUACAGAAAGAACUCUCCAAGUACGAGCUAGAGGUAAAGGAUGAAUAUUUCAAGAAAACAUAUGAACUCAAAGACAGCAAGCAGAGAAUGGAACUGGAAACCAUACGUGUCCACAAUGAGUUGGCUGAAAUCAGUGUGAAAGCAGAAGAUCACAGCAAAAUCGGCUCAGAGGUGAAACAGCUGCAGGAUGAAUUGAAGGCAGCACAGCAGACGACCUCUGUGCUGAAUCAACAGAAGGAGCUACUGAGGGACAAACUAGAGAGCAUGAGUGACUAUCCCAGAUUAUAAAGUGAGAAAGCAACACUGGAGGAGCGGGUGCAUCUUCUCGAGACACAGUUGGAGAACUUGAAGCGUAUGUGUGCAGACUUGGAGAAACCAUCUCAAGAGCAACAGGCUUUGCAGUCAGAGCUACGGAGGCUGCAAACUGAACACCAGCUGGAAAAAGAAGCAUUUAACAACCAGAAGCAAGUUCUGCAGGCACAGCUGUGGAUUAAGGUGGAGCAGUGUGGUCAGCUCAAGAUCCAACUUACAGAAUGUGAGGAGAAGUUACAGUGGUACACUGGUCAUGUUGAAGACCUACAGAAACGACUCCACCAAAAUCAAGAAUUCAAAAGAUGUCUCCAAGCCAUCUCCAAGUCUGACAAGCAGCCGUCUCAGAGUGUCAGCCAGUCGGUGGAGCGUCUCCACUUCUGCACACCGAAGCCCGUUAGUGAGGUCACAACCUGGCUGAGCUUCACUGUGACUGGCAGGCGGGAUGGAGCUGCUCAGCUUCUCUUGGCAGGGGCAGAAUAUAUCCAAAAAGGCUUUGACAGAAGCCAUCUGGCUCUGCUGCAGCUGGCUAACGUGUGA